GCCAUUGACGCACAUAUGUAUGAUUUGGAAUGACAUUUGCCAUUUUACGCUCAAGACCUCGACGCCGUCGUUUCACCGUCCCUCCGAUUGCCCAUUUGCCCGUCUUGCCGUCCUUCGUACGGUUCGGGGCGGGGAAGCGUUUUGCUUAGCGUUCGUUCUCUCAAUCUCUUACUCCAGUCGGCUCCCUCCCUCCCCCCGCCUCUUUGCAGUCGUGUUGCUUCUGUUCACUGUUUUUAAACCCUAACUUCUCUCCAGGUCCACUCCAGCAGUUGCAAGACUUUGGAACUCCAAUGGUGUUGGUCAGGUACCGUGGCAUUUUGGGAAUCCAUCCAUUAAAUUUCCUGAGGUAAGGAACCGUCAUCUGGUUGAAGCAAAGAAUUCUCAGUACUUGACUGGAAUGGGGGAUCAUAUAGAUAUUAGUUCCGACAGUGACUUUGAGUUGGAUGAGGAUGAUAACUACGGUGGUGGAUCACUGAUAGAGGGGCCUACUAAUACACGUACUCUUCCGCAAUGGGCGACAAGCUCAAGUCGUGCAGGUUCUAUCAGUAGGAAUCACAAUGCUCCGUCAAGUUCAUAUGCUUCUAAUAGUGGGUCAUCAAACCUAAAUAAACUUCGGAUCAGCAGUUAUGGAGAUGAUACAAGAACUUCAAACCAGAUUGCCCUCCAUCCAGAUUAUAAUGGCAAUGACAGUUCAGGUCACGCAAGAGCUGUCAACUCAAGGAUUGCUAAUGUUUCUGGUGCAGAGUACGAGAAGCUUUCGUCCCAACAAGCUUUGAGGCGGAUCCUUCCUACGUCUCUAGAUGGAGCUGGGCCUAGUAACAAAAUGAACAGGUUAACUGAUGGUGCAGGUAGCAGCCAGACCCAUGGUCCCCAUCGAAAUAUGUACAAUCCCUCAGGAUCAGGUUUUGGUAACAACCUGGAUUCCACGCGGAAUCGUUCCAUCCAGGCCAAUGAUGAAGAUGUUGUAAUGUAUGAAAAGAAUGGAACAAGGGUUUUACCUCAGUCAUGGACGCAUGGGAAGUCCCAUAUGCCUGGACCAUCGGCCAGUUCAAAUGAUUAUGCAUACCAUUCUAUGGCAGGCGAUGAACCUGUGUGUGAUGAGAGACUGAUUUAUCAAGCAGCAUUGCAGGGUCUUAAUCAACCAAAAUAUGAGGCCAACUUGCCUGAAGGCUUAUUGUCUGUGCCUCUUCUGAGACACCAGAAAAUUGCAUUGGCAUGGAUGCUUCAGAGGGAGACAAGAAGUUUACAUUGUUUAGGUGGAAUUUUAGCUGAUGAUCAGGGUCUCGGGAAAACCAUAUCAAUGAUUGCCCUUAUACAAAUGCAGAAGGCUCUUGAAUUGAGAUCUAAGUCAGAAGAUCAAAGUACUAAAAAGACUGAAGCAUUGAAUUUGGACGAGGAUGAUGAUGGCAGCAAUCACGUUUCUGAUAAAGGCAAGCAGACUGUUGAAAGUAACAGUAUAAAAACAACUGAACAAGUCGGUACUUCUUCAAAGCCCCUUAACAGACAGAGACUAGCAGCUGGUACAUUGGUUGUCUGCCCAGCGAGUGUUCUCCGCCAGUGGGCGAGGGAGUUGGAUGAAAAAGUUGCAGAUGAGUCUAAACUCACUGUCUUGAUAUAUCAUGGAGGCACUAGAACAAGGGAUCCUGCAGUAUUGGCAAAGUAUGAUGUUGUAAUGACAACAUAUGCCAUAGUAACUAAUGAAGUUCCAAAACAACCUAUGGUGAAUGAGGAUGAGCUUGAUAAUAAAACUGCAGAGAGAAGUGGUGUAUCUUCGGAAUUUUCAGUUGAUAAGAAGAGGAAAAAGCAGCUUGGUGCUAACAAGAAGAAAAAGAAGGGCAGGAAGGGAGCAGAUAGUUCCCCUUUCGAUUACGAUUGUGGUCCACUUGCAAGGGUGAAUUGGUGUAGGGUGAUUCUUGAUGAAGCUCAAACAAUAAAAAAUCAUCGAACUCAAGUGGCCAGAGCUUGCUGCAGCCUUCGUGCCAAAAGGAGAUGGUGCCUAUCAGGGACACCUAUACAGAAUGUGAUUGAUGAUUUGUACAGCUAUUUCAGGUUUCUCAGAUAUGAACCCUACUCAGUGUAUAAGUCGUUUUACAGUGCCAUAAAGCUCCCAUUAUCAAGAAAUUCAAUUCAAGGUUACAAGAAAUUGCGAGCUGUUUUAGCAGCUGUAAUGCUGAGACGUACUAAAGGGACAUUGAUAAAUGGGGAGCCUAUCAUCAAAUUGCCUCCAAAAUCAAUCGGUUUGAAGAAGGUGAAGUUCUCAGAUGAGGAGCGAGCUUUCUACAACCGGCUAGAAACUGAUUCUCUAUCUAAGUUCAAGGCUUAUGCUGCUGCCGGCACUGUUAGUCAAAACUAUGCAAAUAUUCUGUUGAUGCUUUUACGCCUUCGACAGGCUUGUGACCACCCGCUUCUUGUCAAAGGUUUCAAUUCUGCCUCUGUACAGAAAGUUUCCGUGGAGAUGGCAAAGAGACUUCCAAGUGACAUGGUGCGUGAUCUAUUGGCCAUAGUGACUUCUGACAUGGCCAUUUGCCGUGUCUGCAAUGAUCCACCGGAUGACGCUGUUAUUACAAUAUGUGGUCAUGUUUUCUGCUAUGAGUGUGUAUCAAAUUACCUGACUGGGGAUGAUAACACCUGUCCUGGUCUUAACUGCAAAGAGCAGCUUGGUUCUGAUAUUGUCUUCUCAGAAGCUACUCUGAGAAGCAUAUAUAGUAAUAAAGAUGCUGGUCCUCGUCCUAAGCUCAGUCAUCAGAUCACCGAGAAUGAUGAUAGCUCUUCAAAAAUCAAAGCUGUUCUUGCCAUUCUUAAGUCACAUACUGGGAUGGAUGGACCAGAUGAUGUGGAUUGCUCAGUUGUGAGCUCGGUUCCCAAAGGACCUAUAAAGACAAUAAUUUUUUCACAAUGGACCGGCAUGUUGGACUUGGUCGAGAUGGCACUCAAUCAGAGCUGCUUACAGUAUAGGAGGCUUGAUGGGACAAUGAAUUUAAAUGUGAGAGACCGUGCUGUUAAAGAUUUCAAUACUGAUCCUGAGGUAACAGUGAUGCUAAUGUCACUUAAGGCAGGGAAUCUGGGUUUAAAUAUGGUUGCUGCAUGUCACGUUAUCCUUCUGGACCUUUGGUGGAACCCCAGCACUGAAGAUCAGGCAAUUGACAGAGCACAUAGAAUUGGACAGACUCGACCGGUUACUGUGACCCGGCUUACCAUUAAAGACACAGUGGAGGAUAGGAUUCUAGCUUUGCAGGAUGAGAAGCGGAAAAUGGUUUCGUCUGCCUUUGGGGAGGACCAAGGUGGGGGAACAGCUACAAAGCUUACCGUGGAAGAUCUAAGGUUUCUAUUUAUGGACCGGGAUGCUGUCCGCUGAUGAAACUAGGUUACUGGAGGAGUCUCUAUGUUUUCGUAAUAGUAACUCGAAAAGAAUGCACAGAGAGGAAGUCAAUAGCCUGCUAUUUAGUGAAGUCAGUCGGUCCAGGCUUUUUUCAUUAGAACCAUAUUAUGGCAUUGCAGAGCUGGACUGGCAAUUUUUGGUCUCAUCAAAGUGCAGACUGGGCAGCAGAGCCCGCGCGGUGAGGACAUUGUACAUAUUGCUAAUCAUGUGCGCCUAGUGUAUAUCAAGAAGGGUAGUUGUAGCUCUAUAGGGUAGCACAGUUAAUGAAUGAUAUGGUAGCAAGUCGCUGGUACAACUACUGCUUGAGCGACAAGAUGCUUGCGUUCCAUGUUUCAUCUGAGUUUCGCGGAUAGAAUGUUUGCCCCCCUGAGACGAACCGAAUGCAAGUUAGCUUCGGUGAUUAAGGACUUGUUCAUGGGAUCAUGCUCUACUGUUCCACGGUAUGUUUGUUCUGUGUCAUUUUCAUUUUACGUAGGGUACAAGCCUUCAAAAGGAAAAGGGGAAAAAGCAGCAAGGCUGGGGAGUUUCCCUUAUGAUUCAUUAAUUUGUACUGUUGAUGGAUGCGAGUGUCAUCCGUCCACAAUUGCGGGCGUCUGUUGUCUGUACGGGGUUAAGGGCGAGUGACCCCUCGGGUAGGGCGCAGAAUUAGUAGGGAGAAAGCGAGGCUAAUUGAAUUUCUUUCUUUGCAUGCACGAGAAAACCUGUGGCAUGGGUAGAAUGGACAACGGCUGGCUUCAUCGUGGGCUCCAAUUGACUAUAGAGGUAAAAAAAAAAAGGAAACUAAGUCACGGGGAGCAACUGCAGCCUUUCAGUACCAGUACUGACAAGCAGUACAUAACAAACAAUCUCAGCAGGUGCAUUGGGAUUACGACAUCUUAACACGAUUGAGGAUCGCUUCAUUGCGUAUUCGGUGGUUGA